AUGCGAUUCUCGACUUUCCAAGUCCUCGCUGUCAUCCUUCCGCUGAUAUCGGCCGAUGUCAAAAUCACAGCGCCGGCUGCUGGAGCAUCGAUAGCCGGUGGAACAGCUUUCACUGUCACAUGGGAUGACACAGGAGAUGCACCUGCUCUGGCAGACCUCUCAUCGUACACCUUGUUCCUAUUUUCUGGCUCAAAUGCAGCGCCUGCACAACUAUAUCAGCUAUCAGCUUCCACUUUUGCAGCGGCAGGAAAAUCCGUGAGCGUCACAGUCCCAGUAGCUACUGGUGGGAUUGGUACAAAUGCAUAUUUCCUUGGAAUGCUGUCUGUCGCUACAGCUGGGGGUACCGUCUGGAACUACUCUAAUCGAUUUACACUUACUGGUAUGACGGGUAUAUUCGAUCCAACAGUUGCUGCAGCUGUCAAGGUUAUCUCAGGUACUUCUGGUCCACCAACGGUCAAUAAUGUUAUCUCGAAUGCAGCCACAGGAACAAUCGGUGAAGACGCUUGGGCGACUCCGUAUAACUUUCAAACUGGUCUCACGAAAUAUGCGCCGAUGCAACCUGUCCCUCCAACGGCAAUAAUUGCUACCAAUACCGCUCCGCUAUGGCCAACGUCUGCUGUGCAGUUCGCCACCACGUUUCUACCAGUACCAAGUGAAGUGACGACUCUCACUCAGUCCAACACAUAUAGCAUCUCCAGUAGAGCAAAUACUGUUGCUGCGGCAUCUUCACCGACGGAUGAUAUGCAGAGGUUUUUAAACAGGUGGAAGGACUGA